AUGAGUUCUCCUGCACUAGGUCGGCUCAUGCCGGCAGUCUCAAGAUUGGCUACAAAAGCAAUUAUUGGAUCGCGGUCAUCAAUCACGGCCCAGCUAGGCCAAUGCACUUACCCUGCUGCAAGGUCAUUUUCUGCGAGACCUGCCUGCUUGGUAAAGAAAUACACAGAAGAUCAUGAGUGGAUAGAGCUCGACAGCGAUGGCAAGACAGGAACCAUAGGCAUUACCGAGUAUGCGGCUAAGGCCCUGGGAGAUGUAGUCUACGUUGAGCUUCCGGAGCUCGGCAUGGAAGUGACGAAGGGCGACACAAUCGGCGCAGUCGAGUCCGUCAAGUCUGCCUCCGAUAUCAUGACGCCUGUGUCAGGCAAGAUCUCAGACCAUAACAAGCUGUUGGAAGAGAAGCCAGGAACGAUCAACAAGAGCCCCGAAUCUGAGGGUUGGCUGGCGAAGAUCGAAGUCAGUAAUCUGAAUGAACUCGACAGUCUCAUGAGCAAAGAGGACUACGAUAAAUUUGAGAAAGAAUGA